AUGAAAAGGAAGAGUUCCUCUACGGUCGGGGCGAGUGAAGCGCGAGAGGGCGAAAAGGAGGCCGCGGCCCAGACUGUGGAUUCGAGAGAUGAUGAAUGGACGGGGGCGUGGUUGGAAAAUGUGAGCGGAUCCGACAUGGUGGGAGAGCCAGGCGUACCUGCCUGCGUCCCGCUCCGCCUAUGGCUGGACUCGCCGAGACGCCCGCUGCUGGUGUCGCGGCGGCACGCCAUGCUCACCUACCACGCCGAUGCCGACGCGUGGGUGCUGGAGGACCUCAAGUCGGUCAACGGCAUCUUCGUCAACGGAAAGAAAGUCGGCCGCGCGGUCCUAAGCGACGGCGAUUUGAUCACGUUCGACGAGCGAGGCGGACGCACGCGCACCGGCGCCACGAAGCAGCUCAGCGAAUGCGUCUGCAUCUAUCGCUUCUACAAGUCCGGGUACAACACCAGACCGAGAGGAGAGGCCGACCAGCGGACAACGGCAUCAGCGGCGGCGCCGGCAACGACGCGCGAGCAGGCCGCCGGGUCGGGGUCGGCGGACACUGCCCCGCCCGUCGCGAAGCGACCGCGCAAGGACCCCACAGCCGAUUCCGCCAAGUCAGCGCCGGCCAUCGCCAAAGUGCCCGAUUCCCAGGAUGAAGACGAAGAGGAGAAGGAGGAAGACGAGGAGGAGGAGGAACUGGAAGAAGACGAGGAGGAGGAGGAAGAAGAAGAAGAAGAAAAGGAGAAGGAGAAGGAAGAGAAGAAUGAAGAAAAGGCGAAGGACGAGGAAGAAGAGGAAAAAGAGGAGGAGGACGAGGAAGAGAAUGAGACAAACGGGGCGGAUAAGCAGAAGAAGAACGGAAAGGAGGAAGAGAAGGAGACCGCGAGCGGUACGGCCACCAAUGGCAACAAUGCUGGCAGCUCCACCCCGACCAAAGGCGCGGCCUGCAAGUGUGGGAAGACCAAGGCCGAGGGUCUCAUGAUCCAAUGCGACUCGUGCACCUCCUGGUCUCACGCCGGAUGCGUCGGUCUAAGCAAGGCCAAGGCGGCGCAGCUGAAGAGCUGGCAGUGCGAGGCGUGCCGCAGCAAGGGCGCGGUGCCCGCCCCGUCGGCCCAUGUCGAGGACGACCCGCGCCAAUGGACACUCACCGAGGGCACCAUCAUCAGUUGUCUGCCUGAGCCAGCGAGUGGGGAUCGGUUUUGGCUCGCCGAGGUGGUUCACGACAAGAGGAAGGGGCAACGGACUGUGCAGGUGCGGUGGUUUGAGAAUGACCCGCGGAAACGGAAGCUGCACUACGUGCGGGGUGCAGAGCAGCGGCUCGCAGUGGCGACCAUCAUCUGCCCCGACGUGAGUGACCUGCUCGCCAAGGUGGGGCCAAACCUCUACAAGCUCCAGGACGAUCCGCGCCUCUACACGAUCACCUAG